AAUAUGUUCAGAUUUUUAGACCUGUGACGAUGAGUCACCUAAUCCUACGUUAAUACAAGCCCCACUCGCUCAGAACUUUCCGAUCGUAUCAGCCUUAAUGCAACCAGAGUGGUCUGGUGAGCAAGUGCCAAUUGUCCUAGCCUUCAUCCCCCAAGCUUCCUGUCCAGAGGAGUCGUUCCUUCUCUCGGAGCGAGCAUUUGGAAUUCUGGAAUUUUUGACAAUUUUCAAGUACCUAUUUAUGUAUCUGCUAAAAUAAUUGUUUUAACAAAUUAUUAAUUUAAUGGAAUAUUAAAUUUUACAUUAAACAGGAUAACAGUACAAAGUAUGUAGGUGCAUACAUCAAAUAUUUUGCAUACGUAUUUUUAGGUUGGUUCACAUUUGCAUGGGAUACAUAAAUACGUACAUAUGUACGUACAGAUGAAAAGUGCAUGUAAAUUCAUCUAAAUAUGCACAUAUAUAUGAUAUUUUUGCAAGUAUGUAUGUAUAUAUCUACUCACAAUUAGUUGAUGCCACUAAGAAAAUUAUUCUACUGUAUUAAAGCUUCAGCUUAUUCUAGAUAUAUUUAUGUAUGCAUGUGUGUAUGUACCCAUACUUACAAGUAUGUAUUUAGUAUUUAGUAAGAAUAAGGUUUGUGAAUGGAGGAGGGGGAAACAUUGGUAAAAUUAAUAUGCAUGGAAGGAAUGAAUAGCGUUGAAGCCAAAAGUAUAUAUUUAUGCAGAGGAUGAAUUUAUUUGUGUAGACUUCAUUCGAACUGACAAUGGAGACGCAAACCAUGUUCAGCCCAGAUUAUUUUUGAUCAUGUUAGUUUGAAAGAGCAAGUCUUUAGAAACAACUUUUGGUAAGGCACUUGCGCAGAUGCGCAAAAUUCAGCACGUUAUUGGCGCCGCAAGUUCGCAAAAACGCAUGCUUUUUCAAUGUCCACCGCGAGCUCAGCUUUUUUCCGUCUCACUGGUUCGCUUUCUCACUCCCACAUUGACCCCGCAACCUUCCACGAUUCGCAUUUUUCAUCAACACUAGAAACUAGUCUCAAGGUCAGAAUAAUUUGAGGGAGUUUGAGACCCACAGUACCGUAGUAUCUCAGAAUUCUCAAUUUCUGUAAAAGUUCAACUGCGUGCGAAUGAAGAGUACUUAUUUUCUUCCGAUCAAGCUCAUCUGUCUGGAUUUCAUGGUGCGAGUGAAACGGUUUCCUUUUACUCUUUGAAUCGUAAGGCUUUUGUAAAUAGGUAUACACGUAUAGUGUUGUUCCGAGCGAAGUAUGUAUGGUCAGCUUUUAGUUUUUUUUUUCGUUUCAGAAUUUAUGUAAUUAUGUAGAUUCGUAUUGGUCGAAAUAAAUACGCGUAUUUGAAUGUUUUUUACAGUUUGAAUAAAGUUGAGCAAAAUUUGGGUGGCAAAAUUCGUUCUUCCUAACACUUGUCCAACAUUGUAAAAGAUAAGCUCAACUUUGGGCAAUGUUUUGCCCCAAAUAUGAUAAAAUUUACACAACCAGUUUAUAACUUCAAAUGUUACUCAACGUACAGCAGAUAUUAUCUAAGAAGUCAGACUUGGUUUGUGUUUUAACUUAAAAAAAAUGUGUAGAUAUGUACCUCAGGAACCCUGGCAUCCACUGCACACUUACAUAUUAGGGACGCAUUUACAUAUGCACAAACACAUGGAUCUAUCCAGAAGCCAAAAAUAGAAAUUCUCCAGCGUGCUUUUCUCCCCUUCCAUCCCGUCAGAUUAUUCGUUCUAAAAUUAACCCUCUUUAAAUAUUCUGAAUAAACUUGUACGCGGUUCGGAAGAAAUAAGGUCAUACUAAAAUUCAACUCUUCAUAUUAUUUUGCAAAUUUAUUUCUCAUUUGUUCACACAUUAUCCAAAGAAAAUAAAUACUUGACAGUAUACAUCAUUGGAAAAUAAAAAUUGGAAUUCCAUUUCCACGCUAAUAUCAAUAAAUUCAAUUUUACCUACAUAUUUAUUAAAAUAAACUGAAAAAUGCCACCUGCAUCGUUUACCACGAAUUCGACCAGUUACAACAACAUUUCAAAUUGUCAAUGCGUCCCACCCCCACAAGACGGCUGGAUAAUAUCUUCCCGGCUUGCUUGGCUCUUAGUAGCCGUCAUAUUCAUUUUCAGCUUGCUUAUUGUAAUCGACCGCGUCAUCAAUCUCGGAGAUUUGUGGGAUAAGAUUUGCUCAAUUUUUAUCCCAAGCCCACCAAAGAUUCACUGUGCAGGACCGGAUUUUACAAGUUUGCGGAAAAUGGAAGGGUUUAAUUAUUCGAGACAUAUCGACUUUCUGGAAAAACAUUUUGUAACUCCAUUUCUGAAUCGGGCCUUAUAUCGCAACUCGGGUCAAAUAAGGGACAAAAUCCCAUUCGGCCUUGUUCUUUAUGGUGAGGACAAAGUGGCGAAAAAUCUUUUGGUGGCAGCCCUUAAGUACGAGUUGGGAAUAAGAGGGGAAAAUUAUUUUUGCACGAGGAAGCCUAAUCGUUGGCAACAAAUUUAUGAUGCUGGAUUACUCUGUAGUUAUGGUAACUACGUAGCCAUACGGUGUAUAAAGGACGCCCAACUUGUGCAGAAUUCCAUGAUUUACUUGGAGGAUAUUGAUGAAUCAUCAUCAAACCGGGACAUCUGUUGCGAUUUUGAUAAUCCAUUCCAGCUUAUCUUCUCCUACUUGCACCGUCUAAUACAGGGUGACACCCUCGUUGUCAUGUCCGUCACCGAAAUGGAUAAACACAUGCGAUUUCUUAAAGAAGACUAUAACACGCUACCGUUCAAAUUCUACCAUGUUUCUGACCUAAAAAUGGAGCAAAUUGUGAAAAAUUUUGUGCUUAAGGGAACCUCCACGUGGGACGAGGUUGCGCAACCAAGUAGCGAAAUACUUGACCUGAUAGUUGACAAGGUAGCCCCCAGUUUUACGAAGCGUGAGGAGCCAGACCCCAGUAAAAUUUGUUACUUAUGCGAAUCCGUGUAUAAGCGAUGUCUUGACCGGAUGUAUCCAGAAAAUGGGAAAAUGAAAGGGAGAAAAUUGAUCAAAAUUAAGGAAAUCGCACCCACACGGGAAGAUUGGGAGGAGGGAAUUUUGGCGUGGUUGGGGGAUAGUGAGAAAGUUGAUAAGGUUGGUAAAGGGGGAGGAGAGAAUUGAGUUACUUGUCAUUUAAUGAGAAUCCUUUUUUAGCAAAAGUGGUGUAUCAGUAGACUGAUAGAAACAUGGUAUAGUCAGAAAAGUAUUUAUUUUUCGGUAUUAAAGUUGCUACCGCUAAGUAUAAGAUUGUACUGGUACGUAAAUAUUUCCUACCGAUAUAGCAAAAUUUUAAUACCGAGCUAUUACUAUGCGGUAUUACUGAGCAAUAUCGGUUUGAUAGAUUGAUACAUAUAUAUGCUAAAAUAGUACUGCUUGGUAUCAUUUUAAUACUGGGUUACUCCAUGAGUUAUGGUAAUGGACCUGAUGUCGAAAAUCGAUGUUUUUGAAGUCCUUCAAGUACAUAUGUGUUAGAGGACCAUAGAAUAUGCAGAAAAAUCAUUUUCCCCGAAUUUUGGAGGUUUCAAUGGUGCUAAUAAUAGGGGGUGUGGCUUCCGUUGAGAUACCACCUUUAUGCAGCCACUAUUGCCAGUCUUACAUUGUCAGAAAUCUAGUACUAGAUGUCUGACAAUGUAAGACUAUUAAAUUUAGUUUCAUUUAGGAUCACGUGUACGUUUACGUCGUACAGUAGUUAAAAUUGCAAAUCGACCAUUUUAUAUUCAAUUUAGAUUUUUCUAUAGAAAAAUGCGUGGUUUGUAAGUAAUUACAUUUAAGCAGUUUUUCACAAAGGAUUAUUGUUUUCUCUAAGGCCUCUGUGAAUAAAUAUAUGCCUCUAGAUAUUAAUUAA